AUGCUAAUUCCUAAAUAUUACGAGCAAUGGGUGGAUAGAAUGGAAGAUUAUCUCAAUGAGAUUGAUGAAGAUCUUUGGCGUUGUAUUACGAGUGGAAACUAUCGUCCAAGGAAGCUAGAACAGGUUACAACAGUUGGCUCGUCUACUGAUGAUAAAUUGCAAGCAGAAAGACAAGAGGCAAGUGACAAGAAAUGUUUGUAUGAACUACGUGGUGCUCUUCCACCGGUGGUUUACAAUUAUAUUAACUACUCCGGCAUGGAGUUAACCCCAACACGUAUAGUUGUUGCGGAAGAUGGAGAAGGUCGAGAAGAAGAUAUCGAGGUUCUUACAGAGCCCUCUUCAGGCUCAAGUCCUUGCUGA